AGGCAAUUGAUUUAUCUGCCCGUUCGCGACCCGUUUUCUGUUCUUAUUUAUUUUUUUGCGGGCCAAUCAACGCGAAUUUGUAUUUGUGUUCAUUCGAGGGCAACGGACACGUUAACGUUUAAAGUACAACGGAUUGCCUUAAACACGGAUAUUUGCAUGAGGCAAGAAUAGAGGAGCAGCAGUUCCCAUCCACAGACAGCAAAGAUGUCACAAAACCAAUCCUACUUCUGGCAGACGACCAGACACAAUGUAUACCUGAAGCGCUCAGCCAAAUGGCACAUGGCGCUGGCCUUGAUGGUGGUGCUCACAUUUGGCACAAUUUGUGCGGCGGAAGCUCAACCGGAUAGUGCGGACAAUGCGGUUAUUGAAUCUGGAAUACAGAGCGACCUGGACAUGCAAGCAGAUUUGAACAAGCCAACGGACCUGAGCUCUUUAGCGGAAAAAGCAAACGAUGUUCCGGAUGGGCCAAAACCGGAUGGAACCUUUAUCGAUGCGUUUACCGCAUCGAUCUCUGUUAUCUUACUAACAGAGCUAGGGGAUAAGACUUUCUUUAUAGCUGCCAUAAUGGCCAUGCGCCAUCCGCGUUUGAUUGUCUUUGGCGGUGCCAUUGCCGCCUUGGCCCUAAUGACGGUACUCUCAUGCGCAUUUGGCAUGGCAGCGAACUUUAUUCCUAAGGUUUAUACGUAUUAUAUCUCAACUGCAUUAUUUUUAAUAUUCGGUUUGAAAAUGCUGUAUGACGGCUACAAAAUGAAGCCAACCGACGCUCAGGAGGAAUUGGAAGAGGUUCAAUCUGAUCUGCGCAAGCGCGAGGAUGAGUUGAUGCGCAAAGCCAGCCGAAAGUACGAUGACUCGGAGGGCAAGCGAAAGAACAGCAACUCGGACAAGGAGGAUGCCAGCGAGCAGGCGCUUGUCCAUGGCCGCAACUCCGUUCCCGGCGUCAGUGAUUCCGACAUGCAGCACCGCCAGCGAAAGCAGCGCAACCACCUCAACAACAAUAACAGCACCACCCAUUUAAAUAGUAAGCAAAAUAGCUGUGAUAAAACUAGCACCGAUGAAGAGGACCGGGAUCAGCACGAGUCGGAGGUGUUCCUGAAGGAGGGCGGCCGCAUUGUGGAACAGCUCAAAAUGAAGACCUACCACAGCAGUCCGGCCCACUCGGCGGCCUCAUCAAACCAGACCGAACAAACCAACUCCAUUGCCGCCUCCACAACCACCGUCGAUGUCCAGCAGGCUGGUCAUCCCACCGAUCCGUCCGUCGGAGGUGCAUCGGAGCCCCGUGCUCCGCUGGCCGGAUACGAUAGCAUGCAUAGUCUCAAUGGCAGUCUCAACGGGGUUCCCGCCGGACCGACUAAUGGCACCCUCAAAGCACGGCUGGACCGUGAUGUGAACGCGGCGCUGGUAAAUGAUGCCGAGAGCGGUCGACGCCGCCCACAAAAACGUGGUGCAACCUAUUUCACCAUGCGCAUCCUGGCCCAGGCCUUCACGAUGACCUUCCUGGCUGAAUGGGGUGACCGCUCUCAAGUGACCACCAUAGUGCUCGCCGCCAACAGGGACGUUUUUGGCGUUAUCUCUGGCGGAAUUGUUGGCCACUGCAUCUGCACUGGCCUGGCUGUGAUUGGAGGUCGUCUAUUGGCUUCCAAAAUCUCUGUUCGCACUGUCACCAUCGUGGGUGGCAUUGUGUUUAUCGGAUUCGCCAUCUACGCUGUCGCCAUGCCACCAAAGGGCAUUUAGGCAGGCGGAGCAAUGGAACUCCAGACGAGAUCACCCGUUGACGACCCCACAUUAUUUGAAGAUUUAGUUGUAGGUACUACCUUAUAAACCCUGUUUUCCUUCGAGGAGCAUCAGGAAAGGCCAGGAUUGUAUUAAUUAAUCUAAAGAUGAAAUUGAUUCAUGUAUUUUGCUUGCCAAACAACAGAACGAAACUAAGAAAAGACAAAAGUGCCUUCAGUGCUUUCCGCUUCGGCCAUGACAUACAAAUUUAGUUCACCUAAUGAAUUCUUCUGUUCUAAAAUAGCCAACAACACAAAUUUUCUUUGUCGAAUUAUUUUGUGUUGAUUUGAUUGAACGUUCAGUUUCGGUUUCGUGUUAAGUAUUAAAGAUGAUUGUACACACGCGUGGUAAAGCGACCGGGUUGCCUACGCUCCUCCGAUUUGGACCCCUUUCUCCCCAUACCACAUCCUUAUUUGCAUAUUUGUUUACGUAGCAGUGUUUACUUAAUGGAAACAACCAAAAUGAAACUUUGUAGAUUUGAUUAUUUAUGCGAUUUUUGUAUGAAAAACUUAGUAAAUUGAGCAAAACUUA